UGUGUAUGUUAAGAUGUUUGUACAGCAAACAUGUAACUGGAUUCAAAUAUGAUUUUGUAAACAUUUCUUUGAAUUUCUUUCAAUAAGCUGAAUGGCUACUGUAUGGACAUCACACAAUUCUGCAAUUCAAUUUCUCAAAAUGUGAAAGGAGAUUAAGCACAAUGCUUUUGUUAGAGCUUACCAUAUGAAUGAGAUCAAUGGGUAAAUCUAUAAUAUUGGACCAAUAAUCAGAGUGUGCUAAGGUACAGGGACAAAUUCCACAGCAACACUGACUUGGGAGACACUUAGAAAAGAAACCUUUAAGAUCCAGAGACAUUAAGUUCAAAAUGAUUUGAAUUAUGAAAAUAUACCAAAAUUGGAUUUUACACCUGGUAGCCUGGAUGGCAUAAAAUGCAAGUUUUGAGGAGGAUAAAUGCUGUAGAAUCAAAAAAAACUUAUAGGAGAUUCCAUUAAGAGUGCAAAAAGUGAAUAACAAUCACAGAGGAAUUCUACAUAUCACCGAAACAGCCUUAAGUUCGAUGACAUCAUCCCUGCUUGCCCACUGACAUAUUCAACAUAUCUACAGGGUGAUCAUAUAUCUCAAAAUGUUCAUAACGGUGAAGUACGGAGACAAUAAAGACUUGAUUUGCAAUCCGAGUUGUGCAGUUGUCAAUUUGCUCAACAAUAUUAAACGUCGCUGUGGCCUGGGUAACAGUAACGUUGUCCUAGACCUCUCUGAUGAAACAGGCUUGGUGAAAGACUUAGACAUCCACAGGCGGGACUACGCCUCUAAACAUCUAUUCUCCCACAAAACCUACAUCCUUGUGCAGAAAACCACAAUCCCCGUCGACCCUUCAGAAAAUCCAGAUGCACAGGAGGGUAAUCUAAGCCCACAACCCCCUCAGUACAACUUUACUCCAUUACUCGAAGACUGGCAGAAUCUGUUCCCGGAGUAUAAGCUACAUAUUCCCGAGGCAACCAAGAAACGCAAGGCAAGGACAGCUAGUAAAUCACCCAGCCCAGCUGGAAAGAUGACAUCAAAGUCAAAGAGGAAGUCAAAAAUAAGGAAAUAAUUAUCAACAUUAUAAAAUUUGAGAUAUGUACAAUGGUUAUAUCGUAAGAACUUAAAAUGAGUUCUUGCAAUUGUCAUGUGUUUGAGAAUGGUAUGGUCAAUAUUAUCAAGGGGGGUUCAAUUUCCAAAUUCCAGGGGGAUACACAUUU